ACAGCAGCCCCUACAACAGCGGAACAAACCACAGCAGCACCAACGACCGCCGGACCAACAACAGCCACACCAACAACAGCAGCCCCUACUACAGCCGCACCUACAACACUAGCCCCUACAACUGCAGCCUCUACAACUGCAGCUCCUACAACUGCCACACCGACAACAGCCGCAACUACAACAUCAGCACCUACAACAGCAGCCCCUACAACAGCAGCAUCUACAACGGCUGCACCUACAACAGCUGCACCUACCACAGUGGCACCAACGACCGCAAUACCAACAACCGCUGCACCAACUACAGCCGCACCUACAACAGUAGCCCCUACAACAGCAGUACCUACAACUGCUGUACCAACUACAGCCGCUCCUACAACUGCCGCACCGACAACAGCCGGACCAACAACAGCAGCCCCUACAACAGCGGCACCCACAACUGCUGCAUCUACCACCGCCGGACCAACAACAGCUGAACCAACAACAGCUGAACCAACAACAGCAGCACCUACAACAGCGGCACCAACGACAGCAGCACCAACAACCGCCGGACCGACAACAGCCGUACCAACAACAGCAGCCCCUACAACUGCCGCUCCUACACCUGCCGCACCGACAACAGCAGCCCCUACAACAGCAGCACCUACAACGGCUUCACCAACUACAGCUGCACCUACAACUGCCACACCGACAACAGCCGCAACUACAACAUCAGCACCUACAACAGCAGCCCCUACAACAGCAGCAUCUACAACGGCUGCACCUACAACAGCUGCACGUACCACACCACACCUACAACAGCAGCCCCUACAACAGCAGUACCUACAACUGCUCAGCACCAACAACCGCCGGACCGACAACAGCCGUACCAACAACAGCAGCCCCUACAACUGCCGCUCCUACACCUGCCGCACCGACAACAGCAGCCCCUACAACAGCAGCACCUACAACGGCUUCACCAACUACAGCUGCACCUACAACUGCCGCACCGACAACAGCUGCACCUAA